AUGGAGUCGCCGUUCCGCGCGGACCUGCUGAGGGGCAAGGCCGCGCUGGUCACGGGCGGGGGCUCCGGCAUCGGCUUCGAGAUCGCCGCGCAGCUCGCGCGCCACGGCGCGCACGUCGCGCUCAUGGUUCGCCGCCGCGAGGUCCUCGACAAGGCCGUCGCCGCGCUCCGCUCCGAGGGCCUCACGGCUGUUGGUUUCGAUGGAGAUGUCCGCAAGCAAGAGGAUGCUGCCAGAGUGAUCGCAGCAACGGUUGAGCAUUUUGGCAAGCUGGACAUUCUUGUCAAUGGUGCUGCUGGCAACUUCCUUGCCUCCCCGGAGGAUUUGAAGCCCAAGGGAUUCCGAACUGUUCUUGACAUUGACACUGUGGGUACAUACACAAUGUGUUAUGAAGCCCUCAAGUAUCUCAAAAAGGGUGGACCAGGGAGAGUUCCUUCCUCUAGUGGCCUUAUCAUUAACAUAAGCGCUACGCUGCAAUACACGGCAGCCUGGUACCAAAUUCAUGUCUCUGCUGCCAAGGCAGGUGUUGAUAGUAUCACAAGAUCAUUGGCUCUGGAAUGGGGAACAGAUUAUGACAUUAGAGUAAAUGGAAUUGCACCUGGACCAAUUCAAGACACUCCAGGAAUGAGGAAACUUGCGCCUGAAGAAAUGAGCAAGGAGAAACGAGAAAACGAUGCCAUUAUUUAA